AUGUCGGAGAGUACUGAGGUGACUGCGGGUGUUGGCACGUAUCUUUAUGCAAGCCCGGAACAAGUCGCAGGGAAGAAGUACAACGCCAAGACGGACAUGUACUCGUUGGGAAUGAUCCUUUUUGAGCUGUGUCACGACCGCUUUGGCACGACAAUGAAGCGAUACAUCACUCUCCGUGAUGCCCGAGACAGUAAGUUCCUUGCUUGUAACGGGGCACCCUGA